GUCCAGUCCAAUCCGAUCUAUCUAUCUUCAGUCCUCGACAAGUAGUCCCUACUAGCGACCAGCAAAACCCUAGCAACCCCAACGGCCUCCGUGACUCUAUCUCGGUGUGCCAUUGAGGUUUGUCUGAGCAACCAGCGUUAGAAAAUGGCGACCAGCGAUCAAACGGUGCUUCAGUUUUCGUCUCCUUCUGCAACAACCCUGUCCGCUCGGGUUCACCCGCUCGUGAUAUUCAACAUUUGUGACUGCUAUGUUCGUCGACCGGACCAAGCAGAAAGAGUAAUCGGUACUCUGCUGGGAUCAGUGUUAUCCGACGGAACCGUCGAUAUUCGCAAUUCCUAUGCCGUUCCUCAUAGUGAGUCACAAGAUCAGGUUGCCUUGGAUAUUGAUUAUCAUCAUAACAUGCUGGCAUCCCAUCAGAAGGUGAAUCCAAAGGAAGUCAUUGUUGGCUGGUUUUCCACUGGAUUUGGAGUUUCAGGCGGAAGUGCUCUAAUCCAUGAAUUUUACUCUAGAGAAGUAUCAAAUCCUGUACAUUUGACUGUUGACACAGGAUUUAAAAAUGGAGAGGCGUCCAUCAAAGCUUUUAUUUCUGUGAAUUUGACUCUAGGGGAUCAACCCAUUGCCGCAGAGUUCCAGGAAAUUCCAUUGGACUUGCGUAUGAUUGAAGCUGAGCGGGUUGGAUUUGAUAUACUGAAGAAAACAGCCGUUGACAAACUUCCUAAUGACCUAGAAGGAAUGGAGGCAUCAAUGGAGCGAUUGCUUGUUCUAAUUAAUGAUGUUCACAAAUAUGUUGAUGACGUUGUGGAAGGCCGUAUUCCACCAGACAAUAACCUUGGAAGGCUUUUGUCUGAGACUGUAAACACCAUUCCAAAAUUAUCACCACCAGAAUUUGAUAAGCUUGUGAAUGAUGGUCUUCAGGAUCAAUUGCUAUUACUAUAUCUAUCGAGCAUCACUAGAACACAACUUAGCUUGGCGGAAAAGUUGAACACUGCUGCUCAGAUCCUGUAGCUCUAAAGUCGACCUUUUGCAAGUCACGCCAGUUGUUACACAUUUGGUUUCUUAUGGGUCUGUUAGCCCACCAAUGGCUGUUAGUUUUGAGAUUAUAUAGUUUGAUAUUAUUCAUUUUUCUUUUUCAUGAUAUUUUUCCCUUGUUUUUGUAAACAUUGGCUGCGAUCAGCCCCCCAAUUUUAUUGUUGCAGCUUUUAUGUCCAUCAGUCCAUGCCUCCAUGGUAAAGGACUUGAUGUGAAUGAAACCCGAAAAAGGAUCUAACGAUUCUAACUUGACUGUUUAUCUCUACAUUCCAAAUGAUAAUACGCCCUGUUUGCUCUAAUUACGUAUGCCGAGUGCUGACUGCUGAAGCUGAUGGAUUAUAAUUUCAC